AUGGCGUCACAAGCUUCUGGCAGUGCCGAGCCGGCAUUCGACCCAAAGUCCUCCACGGACUACCUCCAGUUCCCGUGUCUUCCUCCAGGAGGUGCGUUGAAUCGUUGGUCGCGAAAGAUUACCAAGGACCAUGACUAUCCUGGAGCACAGGCCAUGUUGUACGGUGCUGGAGUGCCGGACAAGGAAAAGAUGAAGUCGGCGCCGCAGGUCGGCAUUGCGAGUGUUUGGUGGGAGGGAAAUCCAUGCAACACACAUUUGCUCGAAUUCGGCCAAAUCGUCAAGCGAGCCGUCGAUAAACAAGGCAUGCUCGGCUGGCAAUUCAACACUAUUGGUGUUUCCGACGCCAUCACCAUGGGCGGCGACGGUAUGCGAUUCUCCCUUCAGUCCCGCGAGAUUAUUGCCGACUCCAUCGAAUCUGUUACUUGUGCCCAGCACCACGAUGCGAAUAUUUCGAUUCCGGGGUGUGAUAAGAAUAUGCCCGGUGUGGUCAUGGCUGCUGCCCGCCACAACAGGCCAUUCAUCAUGAUCUACGGAGGAACUAUCCGCAAGGGCCACUCCAACUUGCUGGAGAGACAAAUCAACAUCUCGAGCUGCUACGAAGCUUCCGGUGCCUAUGCCUACGGCUCGCUCAAGGCCAAGACCAACCCCGAUGCCCCUGGACGCAGCAGCUCCGACGUCAUGGACGAUAUCGAGCGUCAUGCUUGUCCUGGAGCUGGAGCCUGUGGUGGAAUGUACACUGCCAACACCAUGGCCACAGCUAUUGAAGCCAUGGAGAAGUCGCGAGAGUGCGAGCGUGCCGCAGAGGUCAUCAAGAUCACCAUGGAGAAGGACAUUCGCCCCCGCGACCUCAUGACCCGCGCGGCCUUUGAGAAUGCCCUCGUCCUGACCAUGAUCCUGGGUGGUUCGACAAACGGCGUGCUGCACUUCCUGGCCAUGGCAAACUCGGCCGACGUGCCCCUGACCAUUGACGACGUCCAGCGCACCAGCGACCGCACACCCUUCCUGGCUGAUAUCGCGCCUAGUGGAAAGUAUCUCAUGGAAGACCUGUACCAGGUCGGCGGCACUCCUUCAGUGCUCAAGAUGCUCAUCGCAGCGGGCCUCAUCGACGGAUCCAUCAUGACCGUCACGGGCAAGACCCUCGCCGAGAACGUCGCCGACUGGCCCUCCCUCGACCCCGGCCAGAAAAUCAUCCGCCCCCUAGACGACCCCAUCAAGUCCAGCGGCCACAUCCGCAUCCUCAAGGGCAACUUCGCGCCCGGCGGCGCCGUCGCCAAAAUCACCGGCAAGGAGGGCCUCUCGUUCACCGGAAAAGCCCGCGUCUUCAACAAGGAGCACGAGCUCGACGCCGCUCUACUAGCGGGCAAAAUCCGUCGCGAGGACGGCAACUUGGUGCUCAUUGUGCGGUACGAAGGACCAAAAGGCGGGCCGGGCAUGCCUGAGCAGUUGCGUGCUUCGGCGAUCAUCAUGGGAGCGGGAUUGAGUAACGUGGCGCUCGUGACGGAUGGACGGUAUAGCGGUGCUUCGCACGGAUUCAUCGUUGGCCAUGUUGUUCCUGAGGCGGCGGUGGGAGGACCGAUUGCGUUGGUUAAGGAUGGUGAUGAGGUGACGAUUGAUGCUGUUAGCAAUAGAAUCGAUGUUGCUAUUUCGGAUGAGGAGAUGGAGGAGAGGAGGAAGCAGUGGACGCCGCCGGAGCCGCCGGUUAAGAGAGGAACGUUGGCAAAGUAUGCGAGGUUGGUGGGAGAUGCUAGUCACGGAGCUGUGACGGAUGGAUGGUGA